AUGUCGUCGAGGCAUAUUCCAAAUGUGCUGGUACUGUCUGUCGAUCAGACUACAGAGAAACUACAACCAAAGCGGUUGCGCGUUCCAAGAGCAUGCGAUGCAUGCCGCGCGAGAAAGGUGCGAUGCGAUGGACGACAGCCGUGCAUUCACUGUACAGUUUACUCCCACGAUUGUACUUACAGUCCCAUCUCUAGACAGGCUAAAAAGCCACGGGUUUGCUCAGAGACUCUCGAGGCUGGUCCGGAACCAUCGAUACCGGCGAAAAGGCUAUCUCCUAAGGUCCAAAAGCAGGACCUGGGCGACCGAAGCUACAGGCAACUUUUCCAUAUCUUAUUUCCGAACUUGGAUGGAAAAGUAGAUGCAUCGUCUGUUGAUCGUCUCAUUGAGCUUAUUGAACGCAGCAAGUUCCAAGGCUUGCUGAAUAUCGAGUCAAUAGAAGCGGAAUUUCUCGAACAAAACAGUGAGGGUGAAUCAGGCAUUGAGGGCACCAAAUCUUACAUACCCGAUGCAGUUGAACUGGAAGGGAAGGAGGGAAGUCUGGCCAUUCGUCCAGUUGAAAUGAAAAUCGUGCUGCCGCCUCUUGACAUGGCUAAAACCUUGAUUUUCAAAAGCUGGCGAUGUGCGUGCGUUUUGUUUCGUUUUAACCAUCGUCCGACUCUCUUGAUGGUGUUAGAAAGUCUGUACGAAACAGCUCCGGAGGAUUAUACUAAUGACCAAAAUAAUGCGCUACCGUUAAUUUACUCAAUUCUGGCGGUGGGCGCACUUUUCACCAAGGAUGACUUCAGCCGGGACAAAGCCAUUCAGGACUUCUUCCACCAGGAAGGCUACAAGUACUUCACUGCAGCCCGUAAGCUGAUAGACAUUACCAACGUGUCAGAUGUAUGUGCCAUUCAAACUAUCUUCAUGAUGACCAUUUUUCUGCAGUGCUCCGCCAAAUUAACUACCUGUUAUUCUCUCAUUGGAAUUGCGCUACGAGCAGCACUUAGAAUUGGUUUGCACAAAAAAUCUAGUCUUUUAAACUGCUCGCUCAUCGAAGCGGAGGUCAAGAAAAGACUUUUUUGGACAAUCUAUAAGAUGGACGUCUAUGUCAAUAUCAUCAUGGGUCUUCCCGUCACAAUUGCGGACAGUGAUAUUGAUCAGGAACUGCCAGCAAAUUUUCAUGACGACGACAUGACCGAGAACGGAAUUGUUCUCAAUCCCUGGAGCUAUCAAAUCAGCAGCUGUGGUUUGAGCAAUGAGCACACAAAGCUCAUUAGAAUCACAAAACGGAUAUACGAUGAGGUCAGGUCUCAUAAGAAAAACGAACCAUCGAAAUCUCCACCAAGCAAAGAAGCGGUUUGUGCUCUAGAGAAAGACUUAAUUCAGUGGCAAUCAUCACUUCCACCGCAAUUGAAGGCAGACUAUGAAUUCGUUGAUCAGGAUGAAAUUAAAGCCUACAGGUUGGCCAAUUACUUCCUCAACUUCGACUUUUUGCAUGCGUCUAUCAUGCUAUACAGACCUUUCAUUGAUACAGUGGUUGUGUCCACCGAUUUAUUGGCGUGCAAAACAGUAGAGCUUGAGCUGGCUAUCAAGUGUCUGAGGACUGCACAGCAAGUGAUCGCAGUAGCGGGAAAAAUGUGUGGUCAAAAAAUACUUUGCGGGAGCUACUGGUUUUCCGUACAUACUCUUUUCCUCGCAGCGACGUGUUUGAUGUAUACCGUACACCAAGUACAACUCAAAGAGCAUCGUGCUCUUAGCGAUACCACUUUGAUGGAAGUGCAACGAGAUUUAAAAACAGGCAUUGUUCUUUUACAUGAGCUGAGAAAUUGCUCUAUUACGAGCGAGAGAACCUUCAAUGUAUUGAACAAACUAUUUGAAAAAUUCAACGAUCAGAAUGUCGACGGAUCUGUUGACAAGUUCAGCAAUUUGAGUUUAGGUGGCAGGCCCGAAAUCAAAACAGCGGAUAGGUCCAGCCAACAAAACUCAACGUCUACAGUUUAUUCUGGUUCCAGUCACGAAGGAACGGGCCCUGAUAUGACGUCGAAUGGCGAGAAUUCAGCGGUUUCUGACAAAGAAUCGGUUCUCGAUAACGAAAAUACAGCGGUGGAUCCCACACUCGUUGAACCUUCAAGCCGUGUUCGACUUGCACCCUUUUUCGAGGACUCGUAUCUUACUGGCAUGCUGGAGGAUUGGGAUGCUCUUUUUGAGACUGGAUGA